AGCCGGCGGUCUGCGCUCGCGCUCGGUUCCUUGAUCUCCACGGUGCUCGUGCAGAGAGUAUGUCUCAUUGCGAAAAGUGGCAGCGUGUUUUUUAGGAUCACGAAAAAGCCAGCUCGCGCUCUGACAACGUCGACUGAACUUUUAUCGCCUAAACUUUUAUGCUGUGAUCCCGCUCUGAAGUUGUUGGAGUUGAGUCUUUGUCAGAUAACCGAGAACUGUUGGAUAUAGACAGUUGGCGCUAUGUUGUACUUCCGCAGUGACAUGUUGUACCAUACCAAGCUUCGUACCACGUGAAGUGUGACCUUGAAGUGGCAUUUGGGUUCCCUCGUGUACACUGAUUUGUGAAAGCUCUGAGCCGCAUGCAUUCAUGGAUCCUCCAACGAUUUUGGAUCUUGUGGCCAGCGUCCGGUACUUCUAUGUGUGACAUCGGAGUGUUCGCUCGAAAUGAAGAUGAGUGUUUUUCGUCUGUACGAACGACAAUUUUGUGAGCACAAUGCACUUCUGAAAGGUCUUUCGUAGUAAUUCGCUCGUAGGUACUCGUAGGUACUGAGACUAAGGAGCAAUUUUCUGGCUUUCAUAAGCAGUUGCAGGUUCACCUGAAGUUGCCAUUUUAAGAUACCGGCGAGAUACAAUCAAGUAGAUGAGCUUCGAAGUACGGAUCAGUACUUUACACUCGUUGCUCUAUAAAAAAGGAAACAUGCAUGACUUGACGGAUUGGUAACAUCCUGUAAAUUGCCUAGAAAUGCAGAAACUCGGCCGCACGUUAUUCGGGCACGUAUUCGUAUGCUCGCUUUGAAAUUUACGCGCAGUUGUCUUGUAAUAGCACCAAAACAAACCUAAAUUUCCCCAUUUCUACCGCAUGACUAUUUCCGUAACGAAGGUUGAAAAACUGCAUGCGCCUUUGAAAGUGCUAGUAGUUAUCAUGAGUGAUUUGUAAAUCCUUCGUGAAAUCGGCUAUUUCCAAGAGAAAAUAGCGUGAAACGCUGGUGAGAGCGUUCAGGCGCUCCGAGAAGUGAGUUGGUUAUUCCAGCAUAUAGGACUUGUAAGCAAUAGAGCAAGAAUAAUUUUAAGCCAGUUUUUCGCGAAAACUUCGAGUAAUUACAAGUGACUGUUUCUGCAGAGCCGCUAUUACGUAUAGUAAAGAGGAAUGCUAGUGUUCGCUACUAUCUCUUCUUUAGCUCUAAACUGCGUGCACAGGCCUAAACAAACACUACGGAAGCGCAGGAAGGGGAAACUAUUCAUGUAGGUUUAUUUAAAGGUGCUGAUUUUACAAGGUCUCCAAGCUUGCAUUUCCCAUCUUAUCAUUUCUUUUAAGCGAAUAGAUAAAUGUACGGCCUGUGAAAGAUAUCAAUAUUCAUAGUCAGAGCAUGAGUUAAAAAGUAGCCUGGAGAAACCUUGGAUUGCGGCAUCACCCGCCAAACAUGGCCAGGGACCUAUGGAGCAACAUCUUCGAAGCGGGCUGGAAAUUCUGGCGUGGAACCCUCUUCGCUCUCUUCAUCGCAGUCAAUGCAGCGCCGCUACUUUGGCAGUGCGACGUUGGUGCAGCGCUACCGGACGUCAUUCGCAUUGGUGUCGUGUACGACCAUGCCUGGUCGUCGGAGGAGGCUAAGCUACUUUCGCAAGCACUGGAUAGGGCGAAUAUAAACGCAAGCGACGCUGGAGAAGACCUGCCCAAACAUGGAGAAAGUGGCACUCAGGCAGCGAACGCGCGGCCAAGGACCCCCCACCUGAGCCUGGCAGCCGUGAGACUAGAGCCGGAGGACCUCUUCCGAUCUUCAAAGAAAGUGUGCGGACUCCUGGAGCAAGGCGUCCUAGCAGUGCUGGGUCCACGGCAACCGGAAACAGCGCUGCUAGUGCGUAAUGCGUGUUCAAGGCAUCAAGUGCCACACGUCUACCUGCACCGACAGGAGAGUGAAAAGAGUGCCUUGUCUCUGGAUACGCUGUCCUUGACUGUGACACCAUCGCCUGAGGAGCUUGGCCGGGCACUGAGUGACCUCGUCGAAGCGCAAGGCUGGAAGCACUUCACUGUAAUUUAUGAGAAACCAGAAGCUCUAGUGCGGCUGCGUGGCCUUCUGCAGCUGCACAGGCCUGGCAACCAGGCUCCGACGGUCUCAUUACGGCCCCUUCAUGACAAGGCGGACCCUCGGUCGGUUCUGCGGGAACUCGCAAAGGCGGGGGAGAAUAACAUCGUUCUUGACCUGACCACCCAGAGGCUUGCGGAUGUACUCCGACAUGCCCAGAAAGUUGGAAUAAUCAACGAGUACCAUAACUUCAUCGUUACAACUUUGGAUUUGCACACGGUCGACCUGUCGGAUUUCCAGAACUCGGGGACGAACCUCAGCGGUUUUGUGCUGGUAAAGAAACAACUGUGGGAGCACGACAUUGCAGCAGUGCGAGAUGCUUAUGCUCGCAGCGGUGUCCAUUCGAUGUUCAUCGGACAAAGCGCCUCCAGGAAGCCUAUACGGACAGACGCAGCUCUGACUCAAGACGCUCUGGACCUCCUAAUUCGAGCCGUCCAGAGGCUGGCUACGGAACGCACGCUUGCUCGGCCACCCAGCGUACGCUGCCCGGGGCAGCAAGCAUCAAGACCAAGGCCGCAGUCGCAAGCAUUUGUCGACGCAGUUAAACAGACGCGUAUUUCUGGACUCACCGGGACCAUCCACAUGGACUCAAUGGGACGCCGACAAAAUCUUUCUCUGCACGUCGUGCAGAUGAAAAGAGCGGGACUGGCAUCGGUAGGAACGUGGAGUGCGUCUUCCGGACUCACCAUGACCCAGACGGAGAAGAUGUUUCAGCAAGAAAUCUUGAGCGCCCUGAAAAACAAAACCUUCAGGAUUACUACGAUAUUGAAUGCACCUUAUAUUAUGGACAAGGCGCCGGCACGAAAACUGGUUGGCAAUGAUCGCUUCGAAGGCUUCUGCGUGGAUUUGCUCCGUGAAAUGGCCCGGCUACUGGGCUUUCACUACCAGUUGCAGCUGGUGAGGGAUGGUGCUUACGGUAGUCGGGACUCCCGCGGUCACUGGAAUGGCAUGGUGCGCGAGCUGCUCGACAUGGAGGCUGAUCUGGCUAUUGGAGACCUUACCAUCACGUACGCGCGCGAAGCGGUCGUGGACUUUACCACGCCUUUCAUGACUCUCGGAGUGGGCAUUCUCUACAGGAAACCCCAGCCGGAACAUUCCCUGCUCUUCUUCCUGUCUCCGCUCUCCACGGACGUGUGGUUGUGCGUGGCGGCGGCGUACGUCGUGGUCAGCCUGUUACUCUGCUGCGUGGCGCGCGUUGGAAGAGCGCGGUGGAACAGUGGCCACGCUUCCGCGGAGCGUUGCUGCUGGUCUUGUCAGAGAAGCCCGAGUCGGGGCGGCGUCGGAUGUGUUGGUGGAAGUGGGUACGGCAGUGCGGGACUCGACGUGAUUAUGGCAGGACGAGCCGACGACUUGCGGGUGCACCACAGCGAGAGGAUAUUUAGUGGUGAGAAAAAGCGCGGCGAAGUGCGGCCGACCGAGGCGCAGUUCACGCUGCUCAACAGCUUGUGGUUCACGAUGAGUGCCAUCAUGCGACAAGGAUGCGACACCUCGCCGAGGUCGGCGUCGACACGCAUUAUUGCUGCUGCCUGGUGGCUGUUCUCGUUCGUGCUCGUAUCGUCAUACACGGCUAAUUUGGCAUCGUUCCUGACUCGAGAGCGACUACGGUCGCCUAUAGAAGGUGCCGAGGACUUGGCGAAGCAGACCGAGAUUCAUUACGGCUGCGUCCGGUCUGGAUCCACGGAGGCCUUCUUUAAGGAUUCUAAACACGAGACAUACGAGAGGAUGUGGAAUGCCAUGAACGAUGACCUGGUGUCGUCCAACGCCGAAGGCGUUGAGCGGGUAGAGCGUGGUGGCUACGCUUUUCUCAUGGAAUCCACCAGCAUAGACUACGUGGUUCAGCGUCGGUGCCAACUCACGCAGGUCGGAGGGCUGCUGGAUUCAAAGGGAUACGGCAUUGCAAUGCCUCAAGGGUCCCCAUACCGCAGCGUGCUGUCGUCUGCAAUACUGCGGCUCCAAGAGAGCGGCACCCUACAGAUCCUCAAGGACCGCUGGUGGAAGGUCAGGGAUCCAGUGAGGCAGUGUCCUGACGACGCGGCCGCGUCGAGGCCCGACGCCGCGAGCGAGCUGGGUUUGCCCAAAGUGGGCGGCGUGUUCGUCGUCCUCCUGGCGGGACUGGGCCUCGCCUGCCUCAUCGCCUUCGCCGAGUUCUUCUUCAAAGCACGUUCGUCACGCAAGCGACGGCACACCACAUCGACGAGUGGCCCAUCAUCGGGACGACCGGUGGACAUCACCGACAAAUAUCUUCUCUAAGAAGCCUCACAAAGCGGAUGAACAACUUGUUCGUGCCAAAGUUUGAAGCAUCCAUGGCGCCAUAAACUGUUACUAGUGGAGCUCAAGUAUCCUGUCAUGUGUCGAAUACUGCCAGCGGCGAGUGUCUACUACUAAAUUUUACAGAACAUUUCACAAAAAUCUGAGUACAAAAUACGUUUAAUAAAUUUUUAGGCACCUUAAACCCUU